AAGUUUUUUGUUUAGCAUCAGAUCAGAAUCCCUGCCUAUAGAGAGAGGUUGGAACACUCGAUACGUAUUGUACGGAAUAACUGCACUUCUUUUCACUAAACUUGAAAAUAAAAAUCAAUAAUAUUACAUGCAUAACUUCAUUGACUAAUACUAGGAUCUCAUGAAUUGCCUAAGAAUACGGCUUAACCGUGUGUUUCAUUAUAGGCACCUACCGGUAUGGAUACCGAAACGACAUGUUUCCACUAGUUUGGCAAUAAGAUCACAAUAUUUCAAUAGCAGGUCAAAGUUUUUCAGUGGAACCCAGAACCCAAAUGCUUGGGAUGAGAUAGAACAGGAAGCUGUAUAUCCGGAUAUCAAUGAUAAUAUAUACAGAGAUGAACUACAAAUAAGCUUAAAAGAGUUUUUCAAUGAAAGGCUGGCCUUUUGUAAUCCUGUUGAUGACUACCAGGGCCUUUUAAGAGAGAAAAAGGAUCCUAGUCCUGUUCAUGAUAUAAUGAAAAUAACUUAUUCGAGAUUCGAUAAUUUCAAUCAGAUAUGCCAGCAAAACAAUGAUUUCCCUCCAGAACGUGGGUCAUUAGUGGAAUUCAUCGAUCCAGCUACUAAUAAAGCCAAUUUUGGUAUUGUCAUCCAACGAGCAGAGUCUAAGUUUAAUCAAAAUUACAAUAAAGUAGUUUUGUUAACUAUAGCCAAUGAAAUAUUGAAGGUAGACUCCAUCAAUAUAUCAUUCCAUGCAUACCAAGUUUUAGAUGAAGCUUGGAUUUCUAAUAUGAAGAUUUUGGAGAAUCGAUUUGAUAAUAAAUAUGCUGCAAGAUUAGACCUUGUAUCUAUAAUCAAGGAAUUUCUUGCAGAAAGUCUUAAAAUAAGUUCUAGCUUGCAUCAUAAUUUCAAAGUAGCAUAUUCACAGUUUGCCAAUCAAUCUUCUGUUUCUGCUGUUUCCUUAUCAGAAUUGAUUGAUUCAUUCCAGUUCUCCUUUGCUUUACAAGAGCAAUACAAUAUUUCGUAUUAUCAUCAAACUCAAUUGUUAUUAGCUUGUCAUUUGUUCAUGUGUGAUAGUCCUGAAAGAUGGAUUGUCUCGUCGAGUUACAAGCCGGUCAACUACUCCAAUAUACAUCUGAGUAAAUGUUCGAAUGGAUUGAUACAAGAAACAGUAUACUUAACUAACUCUCUUCAUAACUCUGCUGCAAUAAGCGGGUUCCUUGAAGCUCACAGAAGAGAUCCCUUACUUCCAGAUUACCAUGCAUUUAUUCUGGAAUUGUAUUCCUUGCAAACAUCAAACUCUUGUAAAAGUUUUGAAAAAUUAAAUGAAUAUUUCAGGUUUUUGCAAGAGCAGAAAUAUAAAUCAUUGAUUGACAUACUUAAAUUUCUCAUAAUUUACCCCCAUCCGAAGCUCAUAAAGUUGGUGAGUCAAUUCGAGGUUUUCCAAAAUGAAACUGUCACGCCAUCAACGAUCUACAGAUUUUUAAAGAUGCUAAAACUAUAUGAUAAUUCUAGUAAUCAGUUAACAGACAUAUACCUUUCUGCUAAUUUGAUAGGGAGGGACUCUAUCAGACAGUUGGCUGUAUCAUCGACCACUGAUCUUGAUUCGAGUGACACCCAAAAACUAUCUGAAGCUUUGUUAAUUCCUCGUGGGUCAAGAGAUAAGUUUGGACAUUUAAGAAACUCCAAAAAGUAUUACCAAGAUCAUGUAAUCUACGGACUUCCAUUAAAUCAAGGGUUCGACUCUAAAGAUUCUAAAAACUCUUUAAUGGGGAUAUCUUUAGAAAAAAUUAACUCUAGAAAGUAUUUGUUUAAUGUGCAUAUUCCUGACUUCGUCACUCGAUUAAGUCCAAGUUCGAAUCUAUUCAAAACUUUAAUGUCUGGGUCACAUCCUUUGAGAAGUUUACAAAAUCUUUCAAACAAUGAAAGCAUUUCGAUAUUGCACCAGGAGGUGAUGAAUAGAUUCUCGUUCAAAAAUCAAGACCCGCAUAAUACGCCCAAUUAUUAUAGUGUUGGAGAUGGCCCCAAAUCAUAUACUCAUAAUCCACCAAACGAAACCACUUGUCUAACAAUAAGUUACACGAUCAAUACUUUUGAGCAAAACUACUUUCUCAAUAUGGAUGAGAAUGUCACUCUUACAUUAGACGAUAUAAGUAAUGUGAAAAUCAAAAAUGUUGAUUGGUCUGAGUUAGAAGAAUCAUUACAAACGAAGAACAAGAAUAUACUUCCCUUCAGACUAUUUUCGAGAUCGAAAGAAGUCGAUCAGGGAAAACAAAACUUGAAUGAUUCAGAUCAUCAUAGAAUAAAUUUCAUGCAUAGUGUAAUGCAUAGGCACUUCAAGAUGAGAUAUUUGGAAGGAUCGAAUUUCAACCCGGCUAUUAAUAUUGAUGCUGACAAUUCCAGUAACAUUUUAAAAAAAUUAAGCUACUUGAAUGAAGGAAAAAUAAAUGAAAAGCUUAUUACUAAACUUGAAGCAUUAUCAAUAGGAGACCAGAACCACUUUACAAGAGCUAAGUUUUUCGUCAAUGAGAUUGAUAUGUUUAUCAGUAACAUAAUAUCGAAUUACUGCUACGAAAGAAACAUUCCAAUCUUUACCCACUCUCAAGGGCUAUCCGAUAAUCAAGAAGAAGCAAGUGACACCAUCAUUUCAGGAAAUAGCGAACACGAGGAACGAAAUUUGGACGAUGAAGUAUUAGUUCCACAUAACAACUCCUUAUUACCAGCAUAUCACGCAAGCUCCUUUUAUCAUACUUUACUAGGGAAAGAUGCAAACGGGUAUUUAUCAUUCGGUGCCUUUUUCAUUGGUCGAAACUAUUUGUCCAGACCGAUAAUAAAAAUACUUCAAAAAUCACCCUCUCCGGAAUUCAAACUGGCGAAUGAAAAUUGGAACGAAAGUACUUCCCAUGUUUCCUAUGGAUUAGCAAAAGGCCAUGUGAAACUAUUGGAUAUUUUCAACGAUAUGGAAGUUUAUUAUAAUCAGCUCCAAAUUGUUUCCCAUCUUCACUUGUCGUACGUUAAUCAUCUAAAGAGGGUUGCGUCUCAAGACGAGAGAAGAUCGCUACACCAUAGCAUCAUCAAGCAAUUCAGUCAUUUGAAGCUGCUUGGGUACGGUGUACAAGGCGAGUUGGCUGACCAUUACUUGUUGCAAAUGCUGCAAAAAUUCAUCAACUCAACUAAACUAAACCAGUACUUUGGUAUUAGACACAAGAACUACUGGUCCCUCAAGAUGCUAGAACAAAGACUAGCCCAGCAGCAUGCCAACGAUGUCCCCAUCGAAGAUCGUGAAAGAACAAUCUACGAAUGCAUCAUCACUCACCCUGGUUACGAUUUACCAACCUUCAAUAAGAGAAUAAGCAGGGCAUUUUGCAUAGACCUCAAUCUAGAGGUCGAUAUCUUGGUUGACCUUUCCUCCGAUGCAAACAUCGGAACAACCGUAGACUGCGACAAAGUUUUGCUUCUCGACCCCGUCGUAGGUCAAUGUAUAUUAAAGGAAGCAAUAAGAUUAUAGACUUGUACAUAUGUAUUUU